AUGCUCCUUGUCUUACUGUUUGAAAUUUUUGUAAGUCGAAAGAUGUGAACGCUGAACUUUGAACACCCCUUUGCGCCCAUUUCCGUUAAUUGCGCAUCACUACAGCCAUAAUGAUUUUAAAAGCCAAUAUGUGAUUCUAAAAAUCUACUUUUUCGAGAAAACUGUUGAUGCAAAUUUGCUUUUCGCUGACGCACGUUAUGCCAACAUUGCGAACCUAGAAAGAAAUAAUUUUGUAGUAAUAAUUCCUUGGACGAUAGAUUAGUUUUCACGAUUUGUCGCACAAAGUGGUCAAUUUUGGUCUAGCAAAAAUAACAUCGCAUGCUAAGUAGUUAAUUAUUUUUGAGCGUAGCUGACUGACAGACCUUGUUUAAUCCGAGAUCCCUAGUUAGCAAAACGCUAUGCAAAAAUUAGAAACGUAAUAUGGAAUAAUUUUUCGAUAAUAUUUCUAUGCAUCAGUAGCUCACUUUUACCGAUUUUGGCAGAAACAGUCGCCGAUUUUAUUUUAACAAAAAGCAAGCAAUGCAUCAAUUAUUCGAUUGGGUUUUGAUGCGGCUGAUGGGACUCCGCGUAGCAACUGUGCGUUAAAUUCAUAAAGUCAAUAAAAAAUAAUUUUCAAUAAUAUUUUCCUGCAUCAAAAGCUUAUGUUUUAUACCUUCACCAUGAGCAAUGAUCUUUUUUCGAUUUACCAAAAAAACAACGAUUAUUUAAUCGGGAAAUGACGCAUCUGACUGACUCAUUUCCCUUUAUCCUAAAUCAUUCGUAACAGCAAGCAAUGGCGUGGACCACGUCGGUCAAGGUCUCGUACAAAUUCGGCCUGACAAUCUGUCUGGGACUGGGACUGGUAGCCUUGGUUGCUGGGAUUGUGCUGGUCGUAAAAUAUCCUCCACCAUUCAUCAUUUCUGUCUCCGCCAAAAGCGCGACUCAUUCUGUGAAUGACGAUUUAGACCAGAACUUUCGUAAAGCCUUGUACGUCAAAUUCCAUCCUGUUGUUCUUCAUGGUAAUCCUUCUACCAUAUUUUCACAGGAGGAUAAAAUAACCUGAUUGCGAAAUGCCAUUCUAGCAAUGUAAACAUAAAAAAUCAUCUUCACUUUUUAGGAAGUUCGCUGUGGGAACGGUACUUAUUAUCAUUGGCUCUGUCGGCAUAAUCUGGUCCAUAAUUCUGACCUGGUUCACAAUUUCUGAUAGACCGACAAAGAAAGACGAAGAAAAUGAUUCCCAAUUAAAGGUGAGUGGGCCAAAUGAAGCCCUAUGUGGGCUUAUUUCUUUCAAAAGAUAACCGACAUUUACUUGUCCUUGUGUGAAUGCCGUUUCUCGGUAGAGUGAUGCAUUUUUAAAAGGCUCGAAAUCAUAUAAACUAUAAUACUUCUUCUCUUUUUAAGAACGUAUCGUUCUCAAGUUUUGUUGCUCAACGCAAAUCUUAG